AUGCAAUCGGUCAGUCUUUCAGUAACGAUCAUCAAUGAAAAGGAUUGCUGCGCAUCAGAUGUUCACAAUACUGAUCUAUCAACAGUCCGACAUGUAACGUUGACAAGAGUUGCCUGGAUUCGAGGAACUUUUCAAGUACUGAUCAACAGCACGAUGAGAGAACGUCUAGGACUUGAACUAUCGACAAUUGUGACUUCCGAUUACUUGGCCUCAGAGUUCACCGAAAUUGUUGCUUCUCGUGGUUCACAUCCUCUUUGCAAAAUGAUUUAUAUCGUCAACCUUUUGACUGGUAACUUUUACAUGACCAGCCCAACCUUUGUUGCUGAUCUACCUGUUGAUUUUGUGCUGGGAACAAUGUAUUUUGAAUAUUUUGAUCGAGGCUUUCGGUCUGGUCGCCUUAUCAUUCUCAGUGAAGAAAGAGACAGAAGAAGACAACAAGAGGAAGAAGAAUUACGUCGGCAAGCGUACAAGAAUAUUUUGUAA